AUGUCACGGGGGACGCCUGAGAAGGCGAGGUGUUGGAAGCCAACGCUCCCGAUUGAGUCGAUUGGCCAGGUGUCGGGGCUCGCGUCGGAUCUGAUGACAGAUUCUCUUCUCCUGCGGGUGAGAGUCAAUGUCGGUGUCCCCAUCUGCCUCCGGGGCGACGGUUGGUGCGAGGUGGCCGAUCGGAUGCGGCGGAAUGAUCUGCCUAUGCUCCCCCGUGACUGGUGCCGAAGGCAGUACUAUACUGCCAUUACUUUCCAGGGUCUGGAAACCCACAUCGACUGCGCACUCGUUUCUCCCUUUGCACGCGGAUGCAAAGCCAAAAUCUAUUGCGCCGUUGCUGUCAAUGCACAGGACCGUGUGCUGCCGCGUCGGCAAGAUCGGUCCUCUUCCCGCGCUUCGGCGCUGCGUCCGCGCGCGCAGUCGCCAGUCAACCAGACGCUGCCGAAAAAACGCUCCGCAGUCCGAACCAAUUUGAACGUUCUAUUGUCCAAUCAAACACCGCCCACGACUUUUGUAGCCACUUGUCGCGCGUUGCGCGCCAUUGACGAGACGGCGCUAUUGGUGACGAUUGACGUCCGGACGUGGAACGUGGCACUGCAGCGACGACCGGAGGCUCAAGACGAACGCGUGGCAGCGGAGCUCUUGGGCCUAAUCGCGAGUUGUAGUUGCAAAAUGCAAGAUGGUUGGCCACUUGAUGGCCAAGAUGACGCACAGGAAAAAGAGGCGGUCAAGUGCUGGCGCUUGCACGCGCGUAUUUUGCUAGUGCUGCGUUCGAUCCAGUGCGAGAUUUCUAGCAACAAGGGUUCCUUGAACUGUUUAAAGCAAGUGUGUACACGCAAUAGAGUCCGAAAUGUGGUGCACGUGUUUUUGGGCUACGUGGAGGGAACGUGCCGUGCAGCAGGAGGCAAGGUGGAGAAAGUGAGGACACGGGUGCUCGAGCGAGGCUUUGGAGCUGCGAUUCAAUGCUGUGUAAAGCUUGAAGAAUCUUUGCUGGCGUUGCAUUGUUAUGAAGUGAUGGAAAGCAAACGAGAGAGGCUCGUUUGUGCUGGGGACGGCUUACCGGUGGACGACGCGAUCGACGAAGCUGCAGAGGGGGUUGGCAUCGUGGAUGAAGUGCUGCCAGACGAUGAAAAUAUAUACGUCAACGUGUUGAAAGCAUGUAUGGAGAUCGAGGAUUUCUCCGCGUUUAAAGAUGCGUUCCGCGGGAUGGUAGCUCGAGGUGUGGCUCGUAGUGCUGGAUUCUGGUCAGCGAUUCGUUAUUGUCACAAGCAUUUGGAUCCAGUGUUCCAUGAAGAAGUGUUGGACGAGGUAUUCUGGACAGAACAGAAGCUUGCAGGUGCCUGA